AUGAUAUCGCUAGACGCGUUCAGUGCGACAACAGUGAAUGUUCCACGAUCCGCGUGUGCAAUUAUCAUUGAACCUUUACGGAGUGUUGCUAAAUUUUUACACCUGCUAGACGCGGAAGGUAUGUUGAAAGGCGACUUCCGAAUCCAUGAUAAUAAAAUAACUGAUUCUAAAUAUCAAACAAAUGGAAGUAUUAAGAAGAACCCAAAGCAAUACCUUAAUUAUGGCGAAGAGGACCAAAUGGAAAUUCAAGGAUUCAUCUACAGUAACAUGAAAGGAAACGUAGUGUUAUUUUUUUAUAUUUUAACUCUGGGAAUAUUGAGGCUGUUUUUUCACUGGUAUCCUCAUUUACAUUUAAAGGCAACUCACGACAGAUGUAGCCUCAAGAAAGCCAACAAAGUAUUAGUAAUAGAUAUUUAUAGAAAGUUUAAGUCUUAUUUUGUAAAGGAAAUCAAAACAUUAGACAUAAGUGGAAUUCAAGGAAAUCAAGACGAAAAUAUUUUGGAAUGUAAUCUUUCUGACGGUAGACAAAAAAAGCUUUAUCACGCACGAAUUAUAAAAUGUAAGAAGCUGUUGUAUGUGUGGGACGAAGAAACUGAAAAUUUUCUAAAACUAAUGGGAUUUGACAAAGGCAUCACAAGAAGGCAAUUACAUUCUUGUAAGGGACAAAGUAAAGAAAAACAGAUCAUUAAGAGGAUAAUAUACGGAGGCAAUGAAAUAUCAGUUCCAGUUCAAACAAUAAUAACACUAUUAGUGCUCGAAGCCCUUACACCAUUUUAUAUGUUUCAAUUAUUUAGCUUAUUAGUAUGGCUUUGUGAAAGUUACUAUUAUUAUGGUAUAGCUAUUAUAAUUAUGUCAGUGGUUGGUAUUUCUACAUCGAUUCUGCAAACCAGAAGGAAUCAGAAAAACUUAAGAGGUACCGUAAAUCUUAUUGACACUGCUAUAGUAUGUAGGGGUGGUGAUAUCUAUGAAGAGGUGCCGACCACAGAAUUAGUUCCGGGUGACUUAAUAGUCAUUCCAUCAGGAGGCUGUGAAAUGCAAUGUGAUGCAGUUUUAUUAACAGGACAUUGCGUUGUCAAUGAGAGUAUGUUAACAGGUGAAUCUGUACCAAUUAGUAAAACACCUUUACCUGAAGAUUAUGUUCUAUUUAAUUUAAAGGAAAACAUGAACCAUACACUUUUUUGUGGAACUAAAAUUAUUCAAACUAAAAGUAAAGGCGAUGCAAAAGUAUUGGCUGUAGUUAUAAAAACGGGAUAUUUAACCACCAAAGGUGAACUAGUAAGGAGCAUAUUGUAUCCACCACCAGCCGACUUCAAAUUUGAAACAGACAGUUACAAAUUUAUAGGAAUUUUGUUUGUUAUUGCCGUUCUAGGCGUUGUUUACACCGUUGUAUCCAAGAGUACAAGAAAGAUUAAACCUUUGGAUAUUUUAAUAAAGGCAUUGGACAUUUUUACCAUAGCUGUUCCUCCGGCACUUCCGGCAGCCAUGACUGUGGGCAAGUUGUACGCUUUGACUCGCUUGAAGAAUAAAAAGAUAUUUUGCAUUAACUCCAGGGUAAUCAAUGUAUCUGGUUCAACAGACUGCAUAUGUUUUGAUAAGACAGGAACAUUAACAGAAGAUGAAUUAGAUAUGUGGGGAAUUGUGCCAAUCGAAAAUAAAGAAGUGAAGCAACCCUUAAAAAGUGUUAGUGCUCUUUCGUAUACAUCAGAACUACUACGAGGUAUGGCUUCAUGUCAUUCCUUGGCCAUUAUUAACGGUGAAUUAGGAGGAGACCCUCUUGACAUUAAGAUGUUCGAAUCAACAGGUUGGAAAUUACAAGAUUCUGUAGACGCCACGAAACAUCAUCAUAUCAAUGUAAAACCUGUAUCUGGUUUUCCUCCCUAUGAGAAUCCACCAGAAGUUGGAAUAGUCAAACAGUACCAGUUUUCUUCUCAUCUUCAACGAAUGAGCGUAAUAGUCCAUUCGUCAGACACGCAGAACUACACAGUAUUCUGCAAAGGUGCUCCAGAAAUGAUAAUAUCUUUAUCGAAACCAAAUUCUUUACCAACAAAUUUAAUUGACAAAGUUCACGAAUACACAGUUCAAGGCUACAGAGUUAUAGCGCUAGGCAAGAAAUAUCUGGAAGGAGUGACAAUUGAAGAAGUUAACAAGAAGUUAAGAGAAGAUGUCGAAUAUGAUUUAGAUUUUUGUGGAUUGAUUAUUUUAGAGAAUAAAUUAAAACCGCAAACUUCUGGAAUAAUUAAUAUAUUGAAAAAUGCAAAUUUGAAAGUCGUUAUGAUUACUGGUGAUAAUUUGCAAACUGGGGUUCACAUAGCAAGAGAAUGUGGAAUGGUCGAGCCAACUCAGACCAUAAUUGAAGUUAUGGCUGGAGAACCAUCCCAGUAUGUAGCAGCAUCUAUUGGUUACAAAAUUCUUAGUCCAGGAAUUGUGCUGGUUAAAUAUGAGAAAUCUUUGGAUAUUGAAAAAGCCCCACAGAAUAGAUAUUGCUUCGCUGUAACUGGAAAAUCGUGGGGAAAUAUCGUUAAGUAUUUUCCAGAACUAAUACCAAGAAUUGUUGUAAAAGGAGCAGUUUUUGCAAGAAUGUCUGGAAUGCAAAAACAACAGUUGGUGGAAGAAUUGAAAAAUAUGGGUUAUUAUGUGGCCAUGUGCGGUGAUGGAGCUAACGACUGUGGAGCACUCAAAGCAGCCCACGUAGGAAUAUCUCUAUCUGAAGCAGAGUCAAGUGUGGCGUCUCCGUUUACCUCAAAAAUUCAAAACAUAUCAUGCGUUCCGAAAGUACUCAAAGAAGGCCGAGCUGCUUUGAUAACAUCAUUUGGCAUCUUCAAAGUUAUGCUCUGCUACAGUUUGAUCGAAUUCAGCUCCGUCAUGAUCCUAUAUAAUAUUGACGGGAAUUUAAGUUCGUUUCAGUUUCUCUUUAUAGAUAUAUGUCUGAUCUUAAACUUUGCUUCAUUCUUUGGAAUUACUAAAGCUCAUGACACGUUGGCCAAAACUCCACCCAGGAACUCGCUGAUGGGUUUCGUACCUAUUUCGUCAAUGAGUUUUUUUAUGAUUAUAAGCGUGUUUUUCCAACUCACUGGAUACUACUGGAUUCAGACUUACAACUGGUUUACUCCUUAUGUAUAUAAGGGACAUGAUGAUACGAAUUUUGUAUCGUACGAAAAUUUUUCUGUAUUUGUAAUAUCCGUUUUCCAGUAUAUAACCAUGUGUGUAGUGUUUUCUAAAGGAAGACCCUAUAGAAAACCUUUAUACACAAAUGUACCUUUCACAGCAUCCCUUAUAAUUACUACAGCGCUGUGUUUAUGGAUGGUCAUAAAACCACCUGAUUGGUUAAUAUCAGUAAUGGAACUCAAGCCCACUCCUAUGGAGGCCAUAUAUGCUUUGCUCUUAAUAGGAGCUAUAAAUUUUGUUAUUUGUAUAAUCUUCGAAGAUGUUAUAGUCGAAAAUGUUCUGGGUAAAAUUGUGGUCCCGAAGUUUAAACGUUUAGAACAUUCCCGGAAAAAAUAUUUAGAGGUAUUUAGGGAUCUCAGUAGGGAUCCAGAUUGGCCAAUAAUUAGUGAUAAAGACACUCUGAUUAUGAACACUUAUAAUCACAACAAUGAUCUAAAUGGAAUUUAUAAUAAAGGUUUUGAUGAUGCAAUAACUAAGUGCUGA